CUCGUGGACUGCAAGCUCUCGGACGUGAUAUCGGAGAGAGACGGAAAGCCCAAUGACCCCCCGCGCGGGGACUUCGGAAGCUUUAUCAUGCCGCGUGGUCUGCGGCUGAAGCGCGCCGCGUUCCUGAAGAGACAGAGGGACAGACUUGCCCUGAAGCCACAUCGUGGCCGAGUUGCUGGAUGGCCAGGCCCAGACCUUGUCCCUCACCUCGGACUCUUUUUUUCGAUAGCAUCGCACCUCGUGGAACCGUUUAGUUCACGAUAGCAUCGUUUCUUGGUUUCGAACAACGGUUUCUUAUAACCCCAAAAACGCCCAGACCGUAUUCUCCUUUUGUCUGUCAUUUUUCCACGCUUUCCACUUAGCCGCACUUCGCCUGAUAUGCAUCCACUUGGUCUGCUCUUGCCAACCAUUCCAGAACCCAGGGAUUACUGCGCCAUACUUGAUGGAUCCCAGAACGCCCGCGCCUAGAGACCCCCGAGAGCUAGACGAGACAUCGGCAUCCGCCGUUGGCCAGCUGAUCUUCCCCUCCGCGUUCGAUGCAGUGACAGAACAUACCUCGACCGGACUCGCCAACCAGCUCCAGACCAGGCCCCGUCUGUGGGACACCCAGGCCGUAAGACGCUUCUCGUCGCCAUCGGUCAACGCCAACCAGCAGCAGCUCACCAAACACAUCAACAGCGCGAGGACUGCAUAUGCGAGAGCCUUUGUGGCCAUCCAAAAGUCCAUCAAGGACGUCGAUGCCGCCGCGAUACUAACCCAUACUUCGGAGACGGACGUGGCAGAGACGGCGCUCGAGCUGUUCAAGUCACAGUCGAACGAGGACAACGGGCGUGUCUCGCGGUUUGUCGAUAUCUUGCAUUACUACCAUGGCGUCUUUGACGUCCUCUCGCAGGCGGGCGACUUUGCCUACCUGGCGGUGGUCUGGGGCGGAAUGAAGAUGCUGCUGAUGAUGGCCAAAAACAGAAAAGAACUCCUCGUCAAAGUCACCGACAUGCUCGUCGAGAUCGGCAUGACGCUCUCCCGCAUCGAAGUCUAUGCCAACCUCUUCCCGACCGCCCGCAUGGUCGAGCUCAUCUCGAUGCUCUACGCCGCCGUCGCCGACUUCCUCGAAGAGAUCAUCCUCCACUUCAACCGCAAAUCCCCCCUCCGCAAGCUCGUCUCCUCCUUCAUCCGCCCCUUCGACGAAAAGUUCGGCCGCGCCAUGGACCGCAUCCACCGCCUAGAAACCUGCAUCGAAAAAGACGCCGGCCUGCUCCACGCCCUCCAAAACGCCAGCAUGGCCCAGCACCAGCUCGACGCCUACCUCCACGGCGCCCACCUCACCGCCACCCUCAACGCCCACGCCGUCCCCCACCCCCUCGAAACCAACACCACCACCCCACGCCCGCCCCUCCCGGACAUCUUCCACCAGAUCAAAGCCACCCUCUUCCAAAACUUCCGCUCCCAAGCCUCCUACCACGAGUCCCUCGCCGCCACCUACAGCGUAACCGCCCGGGCCUGGGAGGAAUGGUUCGCAGUCGAACAACAACACCUCCCCAGCUCAGCCUCCCCCUCCAGCGGCACCCGGCUCAGCCAGGGACUCUGCGACGCGCCCGACCACCAGCACGCAUUACAAUGGGUGGCGCAACAACGCACCCUAACCCCGGGGCUGCCGAGCGUCUACCUGAUCUGGGCGCAGGGCAUGACGGUGCACGCGGCGGUGGCGUCGCUGGUGCUGCAGGUGCUGCAGCAGCGGCCCGGGGCGGCGGCCGAGGUGGGGAUGCUGGACGUGGGCGUGUUUGACCGGGCGGCGGUGAGCGUGUGGAAGUUGUGGGAGGUUUUUGUGCAUCUGAUGAGGGUCAUGGGCGGGUGUUUGGUGUAUAUCUCGAUUGGGUCCGCGGGGGAGGAUGAGUUUGCGAUUGUGGAACGGUUUGUCAAGACGGUGAGGAGCUGGGAUGGCCCGCCGAUUUGGGUGACGAUGAUUCAUCCGUAUAAUGAGGGGUUUGUGGGGAUAGAGGAGGCGACGGAUUUGGAUGGGCUGUAUGAUGUGCAUCCGUCGCUGACGACGACGGAUGCGCUGCAUCAUGUGUUGAUGUUGGAGCUGGAUAUUCACCAGGUGUCGGAUACGAUUCAGACGGUGCUGUGGGAGGCGGCGUGGAGGGAGACGAGGUACGCGUCGGUGGGGAUCAGUUACAAGAGCGUGGUGAAGGUGAUAUUGGAGGUGGCGGCGGAGUUGUCCAGGACCGAGGUGGAUGGGGUGCCGCUCCUGAAGGACAACGACCGGGAGCUAUGGAUGGGGGGUGUGCAGAGGUGGAUCGAUCACCCGGUUGCGUCCAACUGCACGCGGGAACUGGUCCAGCGACACCUCGACAUCGUCCCGUUGGCCCUGCCGGACGACAUUCGCGCCGAGAUCAGCCGACACCUGAAGUGCCUUGUAUUGUGCAUCGACGAGAGCAAGGUCAGCUCGUUCGCCUCGCGGUCCAUGACACAGGAGCAGCGCUACCGCGUGUGGGACGAAAUGAAGGCGGCUAUCGUCCCGGGGUCGAAGGACAUGUUCUGUACGACUAUUCGGGAGUUGCUCUUGGAUGCAUUAGAGAGCUUUGCUGAGGUGCCCUGUCAGAACCCAAGGCAAGCGGGCUCUGUUCUGACCAAGCUAUUGAAUAUUCGUUUUGGGCUGGGUGGUAGAUGGACGAGUUCCAUGUCAAACGACGAACAACUAAUGGUCAGCGGGAUUAAGGAGGCAGUCAUGACGGGGUUUGCACACACUAUUGUGGCCUUGUCGGAACCGGAAGUAGUGGAAGAGGUUACGAAGUGAUAUUUGGUUGGGAAAAGGAAGAUACCUUGGGUUGCAUUUUUUGGUGUAUUGGUAGUUGGGAGUAAAGGUGGGAGGUGAGGGAUUGGAGUUGUGGAAACCACUUGAGGAAUAACAGUUGUCAAACAGCGUUAAUUAUUUGGUUAGGUACAUAUGGUCCGCAUUAGUUAUAACUUAUUACUAGUAAAGCUCCUACCUACCA